AACUACUGGAUGCGGACAUGUUAGGCUGGCCUGUCCGAGGAUAACACUCAAGUAUACAUUACAAACUUACUGAACGGCGAUAGAGGGGGGCACGGCGAAGUCUUACGAUGGAUGCCGUCAACGCUUUCAAUCAGGAGUUAUUCUCCAUGAUAGACAUGAAGCCUCCUAUUUCCAGAGCGAAAAUGAUAUCCAUAACAAAAUCCGCCAUAAAAGCUAUUAAGUUAUACAAGCAUGUUGUCCAGAUUGUAGAAAAAUUCAUCAAGAAGUGCAAGCCGGAGCUGAAAGUCCCGGGGCUGUAUGUGGUCGACUCGAUCGUUCGCCAGUCGCGCCAUCAGUUCGGGGCGGACAAAGAUGUGUUUGGGCCUAGGUUCACAAAAAACAUCACAGGAACGUUCCAGAACCUCUACCUGUGUCCCACUGAAGAUAAGAGUAAGAUUGUGCGAGUGCUCAACCUGUGGCAGAAGAACGGGGUGUUUAGGAUCGAGAUCAUCCAGCCCCUGCUGGACAUGGCUGCGGGUGCGGGUGGCAACGCAGGAAUGCCGGACGUGAACAACGGCGGCCCGGAUGCAGCAUCCCCUGCCAGUCAGGUGAAGCUGACAGCAGAGCCCCCGCCGUCUGUCAUGGUGAACUCGAUCGCAGCGUCCAUGCCUCAGCUGCAGAACUCGGAGGCCUUCGCUGCUGUAGCCCAGCUCUUCCAGUCCUCCCAGGGUCAGCAGCUUCAGCAGAUCCUGCAGAGCUUCCAGCAGUCAGGGAAGACUCAGUCUCAAGCAGUAGAGAGUCAUGUGGCUGCAGCUGCUGCUGUCGCCACUGCUCAUAGCAACCCGCCCGCUGCACAGCCUGCCGAGACGAAGGCCACCUUCGACAAGAAGCUUCUGGACCGUUUUGACUAUGAUGACGAGCCAGAGGGAGGGGAGGAGGCGAAGAAAGAGGAAGCGGCUCCUGUCCUGCCGCCUUUUGGGCUGCCAGAAAAUACCCAGCAGCCAGGGCAGCUGCCGAUGUAUCCCCAGCUUCCUGCGCAAGUCCCCAACAUGGAGCAGUUUCAGACCCAGGUGGCUGGACUGAUGCAAGAUUCAGCUCAUCAGGUGUCCUUCCCUCCAAACGGACAGCUUCAAGCAUGCGGCCUCCCGCCUGCCCCGCUAUACCCAGCAAUGAUGCCGCCCGUGGGACAGCCUCUUGUACCCCAGCAGAUGGGGGCGGGGCCUCAGGUGUUUAUGGGGGGAUACCUGCCACAGAACGAAAUGUACCCCCAACAGAUGGCACAACGGCAACCUCAGCCUCAGCAAAUGUCAAUGGAGAUAGAUCAGCCUUCACUGAGGGAAGGAAAACAUCGACCGGACGGCAGGAAGUCAAGAUCGAGGUCAGGCUCCAGGUCCCCAAAGCGGAGGAGGUCCCGCUCAAACUCGCGCUCUCAGCGUCCGCGGUACCGCAGGUCCUGGUCCCGAUCCCGGUCCAGAGAGAGGCGGCGCAACUCCCCCCGACCCCGUUCCCGGGAGAGAGACAGAGAGAGAGAGCGGGAGCGCCGGCAGAGGGGACUGCCGCCCGUUAAGAGUGCUACGCUCAGUGUUUGCAGCACUACCCUCUGGGUGGGUCAGCUGGACAAAAGAACGCAGCAGCAGGACGUAGCGUGUUUACUGGAGGAGUUUGGCCAGAUUGAGUCCAUCAACAUGAUCCCCCCAAGAGGCUGUGCGUACAUUGUCAUGGUCCACAGACAGGAUGCCUUCAGAGCCCUGCAGAAGCUCAGCAGGGGGCCCUACAAAGUCAACCAGAAGGCCAUCAAGAUCGCAUGGGCCUUGAACAAGGGCAUCAAGCCGGAGUACAAACAGUACUGGGAUGUGGAGCUGGGUGUCACCUACAUUCCCUGGAAUAAAGUCAAAACCGAAGACCUGGAAAGCUUUCGGGAAGGGGGCAUGCUGGAUGCUGACACAGUCUGUCCAGAGUGGCAGUGCACUCUGAACGAGCUGGAGAAGGCAAGCGAGGUGGCCCACAACGGAGGCCUGGAGACGACGCAGGCAGAAGAGGCUGCCGUCGCAACGCACGCACAGAUGCCCCCAGUCCAGUCAGUGGGAGUGGUCGGAGCCGUCCCACCCCCCACUUUCCCUGCACACAUGGGCCUACCACCCCCGUCCUUCCCCCCUGGCGUGCCUCCUCCACCCCCUCCACCUUUCCUACGCCCAGGGUUCAAUCCCAUGCAAAUGCCUCCAGGCUUCCUACCCCCUGGGGCCAUGCCCCCCAUGGGAUCUACUGGGCCCCCAGCCCCCACCCCUGCUGUCAGUGUCUCCACACCGGUCAUACCUGGCAGCUCUGUGGAAGAUUCCUCCAAGGGUCCCAGGAACAGCAACAGCGUUGUGGACAUAUUCCCUGCCCCGGGAACGAAUCAGGGCGUCGGUGCCAACCUCCCCACCCCCGUGCCUCAACAGAUGGCCGGGAGCAACCAGAUGGGUGGUCCCGGAGGUCCAGUGAUGAGCCCUCAGGCCCCAACUGGGGGUCUGCUGGGGGCCCGGCCGGGCAUGAUACCCCUGCAGCGCCCCCCAGGGGUACCUCCCCCACACCUGCAGCGCUUCCCCCCGCCACGCCCCAACAUGCCGCCCAUGCCCCCGCAGAUGAUGCACAGAGGCCCACCUCCCGGUGGGUACGGCAUGCCCCCACCCCACCCCAUGCGGGGACCCUUCCCACCUCACGGGCCCCCGUUCAUGAGGGAGCCCCCUAGAGGCCCGGAGGGGCCGGACGACCAGUUUCGAAAUGAGCGCCCGGGCUUUGGCCGAGACAGGGAGCACUUCAGGGGGCGGCGGCCGUUCGGCAGGGGUGGAGGAGAGGGGCGGGAUCACUACGGGAACCGGCCGGAGGAGUCGGAGCAGCAAGGUGGGUGGGAACGGGAGGGCCGGGACUGGGGGCACAGCCCGGAGACCGAGGACAGGGGCCAUCACCGGGGCCGGCACCGGGACAGAGAGGGGGACCGUGGGACCCGUGAGAGGGACUCAAGGUGGGACAGAGAUGGGCGCAAGGAGAAAGGAGAUGAGGCGGAGAGCACUGGCAAGUACCACCAGUCCAAUAGUGCCGAACACCCUGUGGACUCGGGUAAAGAACUUCCGAGGGAGGAGCCCUCUAAUUCACACUCUGAAGUGACUGUUGAUCCACAGGUGUCAUUACCCAUAGCAACAACGGAACCCACAGAAAAACCACAAGAGGCAGAGUCAUAG